GACGGUUAGUGUUGCAGCCUCAGGCAUGAAGACAGCAGUGCCACUUUGGCACAAUUAGGCACCGUUCAAUGGUCACAAGUCCUUUCUCAUCUACUUACUUCACUGUCUCUCAUUUCUCUCAUCUUAUCAUAUCCUCAUACUUCUUAUUUGUCGCAGAGAACCAAGUAUCACUCCGGACUAGAUAGUGACUGUUGAACACGGUCCCUCCCACCUUCCGGAACCUUCGACUGCCCGCAAUCAAAAACAGUUGGAUCUACCGGGAAUCGCUGCUAGUGCGUCAGACAACUUCAGAGAACCGUUCCUAUCAAUCCGAUUCGAGUUUCAAAAUGUCGUCCGCCGUCGUCCACGAUGACGAUCUCAUGGAGCCCACCCUCCAGUCGAUCAUCAACCAGAACACUCUGCGCUGGAUCUUCGUGGGUGGUAAAGGAGGUGUAGGGAAAACCACCACCUCCUGCUCUCUCGCCAUCCAGCUGGCCAAAGCUCGCAAAUCCGUCCUCCUGAUCUCGACCGAUCCCGCACACAACCUGAGUGACGCCUUCGGGCAGAAGUUCGGAAAGGAGGCUCGCCUGGUGGAUGGAUACACGAACCUGAGCGCGAUGGAGAUCGACCCUAAUGGCAGCAUCCAGGAUCUCCUGGCUAGCGGCGAAGCACAGCAGGACGAUCCGAUGAGCGGAUUGGGCGUCGGGAACAUGAUGCAGGAUCUGGCAUUCAGCAUCCCCGGUGUCGACGAAGCCAUGUCAUUUGCCGAGGUCUUGAAGCAGGUCAAGUCGCUUUCGUAUGAGGUCAUCGUCUUCGACACCGCUCCGACCGGUCAUACUCUGCGUUUCCUCCAGUUUCCUACCGUGCUCGAGAAGGCCCUCGCGAAGCUCUCGCAGCUGUCCUCGCAGUUUGGACCCAUGCUGAACUCGAUUCUCGGCGCCCGGGGUGGUCUGCCCGGUGGUCAGAACAUGGACGAGCUCCUGCAGAAGAUGGAGUCCCUGAGGGAGACUAUCAGCGAAGUCAACUCCCAGUUCAAGGACGCCGAUAUGACCACCUUUGUGUGUGUCUGUAUCGCUGAAUUCUUGUCUCUGUAUGAGACGGAGCGCAUGAUCCAGGAGUUGACGAGCUACGGCAUUGAUACGCACUCGAUCGUGGUCAACCAACUCCUGUUCCCCAAGCAAGGCAGCGGAUGUGACCAGUGCAACGCACGGAGAAAGAUGCAGAAGAAGUAUCUGGAGCAGAUCGAGGAGCUCUACGAAGAUUUCAACGUCGUCCGCAUGCCCCUCCUGGUUGAGGAAGUGAGAGGAAAGGAGAAGCUUGAAAAAUUCAGCGACAUGCUUGUACAUCCUUAUUCGCCUCCCGAGUAAAUGUGACUGGAUGCGGCUCUGGAAUAAUUUUAUGAGGUGAAAUUCUGCAUCUGCUGUCAUUGGGAUGAGUUAUGAAAAGUAAUAGACAAUAAUACACUAUCGCCAGGCGGGCCAUCACAGCGCAAGUUACGUCUCCAUUGUCAUGAUAUAGAAUAUCUGGAUUUGUAUUGUUCAACGCCGAUCUCUCUAUAUUUGCUUUUUCUUUUCCUUUCUUUCUUUCCUUUUCUUUUCGAGGCGCGGUCGACAACCUUGCGGCACCGUUUGCAUUGCAAAUGCCUCGUUUUCGCCUCCUCGAGGCUUUCAUUGUUAUUUCGUAUCUGACAGCCCUUGCAUCAAAGGAUGGCAGUGCCGAUGCACUUGUGGGUCUCUACCCAAUCCUUAGAUAGGCCGCCCAUAGAGGUGACAAGCCUACCGCUUCCACGUCACUUGGAUAUGUCGGGUGUAUCAUCAUCUGCACUAUCUUCUCUCCACCUAGCCUCACUUGUGUCGAGUGGCACGUUCACACGAUGCGACUUCCUGCUUCAUCGCUCACGCUAUUCACGGGUCGCCUUGGAGAUGUUUCUAUCUACUAUUUGGAGCAGGGGCUGCGUUGCUUGUUGUCUCCGUUUUCAGCAGAAGCUGUGAGUCAUGUUUCUCUAGAGGACUAAAUCCCUAACAAUGACGAUGAGGAAUACUCCACCCAUUUCUCAGACAUACGCCUCAUACAGCGUAUGCGCAAGCC